AUGGUCGUCCUUACUAGGCAAGAGUGGUUCGGGGGGGAUUUCUGCCUGAACGUUGCGGGUGAGGCAAUCUGCGCAAGCCCAGUUGUGCGCUACCUGGGGGUGUGGGUCGACUCACAGCUCACCUUCUGGGAGCACAUCAAGAGAGCAGACGACAAAGACGCCAAGGAAGCCAAAAGGUGGCUCCUGGCGUCGGUCUCUAACUCGAUACUACUGUACGGCGUGGAGGUGUGGGCAGAUGCGGUCGCGAGACGAAACAUCCAAAAGCGUCUUAUUUCGGUGCAGCGCAUCGGAUCUCUAGGGAUCGCUUGCCCCUACCGCACGGUUUCCUCUGCUGCUGUUAUGGUGAUAUCACGAACGAUUUCCGUCGUGUUGCUUGCACUGGAGUGGCGAAGGAAAUUCCUGGGCUCCGAUGGCGAAAGCGAUGGCGACAGACGGGAGAAAACGUUGACGACGUGGCAACAGGAUUGGGAUCGUGCUAGUGUUGGUAGAUGA